UCAACCAGCUGGUUUGUUGAGGAAAUAAACAGUAAAUCAGGAGCUGUUCUCCCUCAAUAGGCCUCAGAAACAGAUGUUAACACAGCUGUACAUCAGAUAGGAACAUUACACACCAGAGGACACCUUUGUUCAGUCUUCCCUCCGUCAGUGGAGAUUAAAUUGCGAGAUGAGGGCGUUGACUUUGCAGCAGGCAAAUGUGGCCCAUGGAGAGCCGCAGCAGGCCACAUGUGGGAGAAGUUUGUCUUCCAACUACGCUCCUCUGAGUCUGGAGAAUAAGUUCUUAGCUCAGACCUCCACCGUGAUGCCUCAGUCCUGGUCUCCACUCUUGAACUCUGCUGCACAACCCUCCUCUUGCCCCUCUCUGCAGCCCUCCAGCCUGUCUUCCACCUCCGCUUCCUCCCUUCUCACCGCCUCAUCCUCCCUUCUCUCCGCCUCCUCCCUCGCCUCUCCUCUCCUCAGCACCGAGAACAAGCUCCUGGAAAGCCAUUCACCUCUAUCUUUUUCCCUGACCUCUGUCCCUAACGACUCUCUGCUCUCCACCUCCCUGGCCGGCAGUGCUCUGCUGAGUCGCUUUGCUCACCCCCCUUCGUUCCUACAUCACGUUCUGGGUGGAGAACAGAAGAAGAGGGAUGACGGAGAAGAGGAAGGCAGAGAGGAGACAUCUGAAAUGAUGCAGUCCUGUUUCGAAGAAAUAAGUGUGACUCAAUCUGAGGAAGAUGAUAUUUUGCCCGAAGUGGAGGUGGAUGACGUUGCUGGGACAAACAUGGAAUUACCUGUCCUGGAAACAGAGUUAGGCAACCAGGAACUUGAACCUGCUUUGGCCAUCAGACAGGAGGAAUUUGCUGAGGUUGAAAGAGAAGAUAAUAAGAUCGAAGAGGAGCUAAAAGACAAAAAGUAUCUCCUGCUGAACGAGGUGUGUUGCUCCCUGGUCAAUAAAAGCACAGCUCCGGGCCAGACGGACUGGGACGCAAAGGACAGUGUUUGGACCAAGAUCACAAACCUGGCGAAGGACAUUUCUGUCUAUGACCCGCAGUUUCUUCUCAAGGUGGCAGUUUACACUCGACAGCAGCUGAACAUCCGCAUCACAGCAAACUUCUUAUUGGCUCUGGCUGCCAAUCAGGCCUCCACCAAGCCACAUGUCCGCAGAUACUUCUGUGCCGCUGUGCAGCUGCCCUCAGAUUGGCUGGAAGUCGUCAGAAUGUAUAGUACAUGCUUUAGCCGCUCCCUGCCAAUGUGCCUGAAGAAGGCAAUGGCUGACAAGUUCAAGCAGUUCAGCGAGUAUCAGCUGGCCAAAUACAACACACGCAAACACCGCUGUAAACACAACCGCAACAAGCCCAAAGCCAAGAAACCAAAUGGUCAGACGCUGAAAAAGUGGGCGAACUUGCUCAGAUCAGAUGCAUCUAUUCUGUCAAAGUUUUUGCAUACAGAGAGCAGCAAAGUGGUGGUGGUGGAUAAAAAGCAGGGUGAGUUCAGUAUGAAGAAGAUGAUCAAGAAACUCCACAUUAAAGAACCGGCUGAACACGUUAUGGCCAUCCUGGGAAAAAAGUAUCCUGCUGACCUGAAGACAUUCACCCACAGUGGAAUGAAGGGCGUUUGGGAAAGGGAGAGAGCCGGGAAGCGGAUGAAGCUCAAAGAGCCAGAGACCUGGGAACGGCUGCUCAGUCAGCAGGGCAACAAGGCCGCCACCUGGGAAAAGCUCAUAGACAAUAAGUCUCUUCCAUUCAUGGCGAUGCUGAGAAACCUGAGGAACAUGAUCACUAAGGGAAUCAGCGAGGCUCAUCACAAGAAGAUCCUCAGCAGGCUGACCAAUAAGAAAGCAGUUAUUCAGAGUCGACAGUUUCCCUUCAGGUUCCUCGCUGCCUACAAAGUCAUCAUGGAGCUUCACACUAUGGCCUCAGUAUCAACGCAGGCACUCCCCCCUGUUAAAGAGAUCCUGAAGGGCAUCCUGAAGAAGAUUCCCAAGGGCAAGCGCUUCAAUCGUCUGGACUGGGAUACGACUGCGAGGAGCAGGAUCAGGGUGACGCUCGGAGUGCCAUUUGUCUAUCGACUCUACCGAAUAAAGAAGACCCAGCUCCUAAAGGCCAAUCAGAGGGAGUACACAGUCGCUCUCUUGGACCGCUACCGCAAAGCUCUGGAGACGGCGGUUCAGAUCUCCUGUCGUUACAAUGUGCCCCCACUACCUGGACGGACCAUUAUCCUGCUCUCCACUAACAUCAGCACCGAUCCGCUCCCGAAACAGGACUUCUGCCUCCCACCAGAUCCUGAGCAAAAAAAUAAGGAAGAGGAAGAGGAGAAGGAAAAGGAAAAGGAAGAAGAAGAGAAAGAGGAAGAGGAAGUGUCCUGCAAGAGAGGGAGGAGAGGGAGGAAGAAAAAAGAGGAGGAUGACGAGCUCACUCCUUCUAAAAUGGAGGUGGCAGUUUUACUCUCUCUAAUGAUUGCCAGUAGUGCAGAGGACUUUCAGCUCCUCUUAACUCGUUGGGAUGACAGCCAACAAGUCGAGCUGAAGUCUGAUGUUCUUUUGGACAACGUCAGGAGUGUGAUGAAGAAAAUAAAGUCACUUGAUAGGAUGCCAGAGAAAGAAGAACGAGAUGAACUCUUCACGAUUAUCACCAAGAAUAACAAGGUGGACAACAUCAUCGUGUUGACUGAUGGCUGGAUCUCAAAUAAUAUCAGUUGGACCGUCAACAACUACAAGAGGGAAAUAAACAACAAAGCCCUCGAGGUGCAAAUCUACUUUUCAGAGGGAUACAGAGAGGACGUUCCUGACAGAAACUGUGUGCAGCUGACGGGUUUCAGUGAACAAAUGCUGAGGUUUGUGGCAGAACGAGGAUCAUCCAGGCUCCUCGACCAUGUGGAGCAUUUAGACAAACUGUACAACAUCCCACCACCAGAAGGAGCUAAAGGCCCUCAGACCACCAACGAUAUCGCUACAAUACCACCCAGCCCCAAGUUAAGGUGGCGAGGUGUACGUGUGUUCAUCUCCUCCACCUUCAGAGACAUGCACGCUGAACGCGACAUCUUGGUGCAGAGCGUGUUCCCAGAGCUCCGGCGUCGUGCUGCGCCACACUGCCUCUACCUGCAGGAGGUGGAGCUGCGUUGGGGUGUGACAGAGGAGGAGUCGGGGCGGGCCACCGAGCUGUGCCUGUCAGAGGUGUGUCGCAGCCAGAUGCUGGUAGGAAUCCUGGGGGAGAGGUACGGCCUGGUGCCUCCCAAACUUGACCUCCCUGACCUUCCGCAGUACAGCUGGCUGGCGACGGCCCCACCGGGCCUGUCCAUCACGGAGAUGGAGAUCCGUCAGUUUCAGGCUCUUUACCCCGACACAGACCACCAGCGAAUGUUCUGCUACUUCAGAGAUCCAAACAUCAUCAAAUCAGUUCCAGUGGCUUGGAGAUCUGACUUUGUUCCUGAAUCAAAGGAGGCUGAGUCUAAAAUGGCGUCUCUGAAGAGAAUGAUCCGAUCUGAAAUCAAGGUUGUUGAAAAUUACCGGUGUGAGUGGGGAGGUGUUGUGGAGGGAAAACCGUAUCUGAAAAACCUGGAAGACUUUGGCAAAGCUGUGCUGGAAGACCUGUGGAUGGCUGUAGUAAAGCAGUUUGUGGAGGAGGAUGAUGAGGACGAGGACGAAGCUGUGUUCGAUGUGGCUAUGCAGGAGGUGCACCAGGGGGCGCUGCAGAGGCAGUUCUUCGGCAGGGCGAAGCAGCUGGUCGGGGCUGUCGAGAUAGUGGAGCAGGUCCAGACCAAAGGAGGACUGAUGGUGGUAGAGGGAGGACCUGGAGAGGGAAAAACUGUCUUCAUGGCUGCUCUAGCAGGAGCCCUCAGGACCGGAGUUAAAUCCAGGACAAACUUCGUCUGUGAUGUGAUUUCCUACUCUACAGCUGCCAGCCAAUCAGCACGCUCUGUGGAAACCCUGCUUCAAUGUCUCAUUCAGUUGUUAAGGGAGAUAAAAGAUACUGAGGAGGAAUCACCUCUUCCCCAUUCUUACAAAGAUUUGCUGUCAGAAUUUCACUCUAGCUUGAGUGACAUGAAGAAGAAAAAACCUCUGGUGCUGGUAGUUGAUGGGGUGGAUCUUGUCCGAGAUGGCAAAGGUCAGCUGAGCUCUGAUUGGAUACCACAGCAGCUCCCACAGGGUGUUUGUUUGGUAGUGAGCAUCACAUCCAAAGCGGCACUGUUACAAACCCUGGCGAAGAAAAAAAGCACUGUCCUGUUUGCCCUGGGACAGCUUACCAUGCCGGACCGGAAGGAGAUAGUUCAGAAGGGCCUGGACACGUUCGGGAAGAAACUCAGUGAUUCUGCAUUCAACAACCAGCUCCAGACGCUGAUCAUGAAGAAGGGAGCAGUGAGUCCUCUCUACCUGCACCUGGCCUGUGAAGACUUACGGAACUUUGCCUCCUUUGAUAAGUUGAAGGAGAACCUUCAGGAAUUGCCUCAGUCUCUGAGCCAGUUGGUGCAGUAUAGCCUGGACCGACUCUGCUCGCAGUACAGAGGCUUGCUGGGACUCCGCUGGGCUCUGGCAGUACUCACUGUCAGCACCGCUGGCCUGAGGGAAAGAGACUUGUACUCUGUACUGAACACAUGCAGCGACCUAUCCUCAAAGGACGGACAGGUCACAUGGCAGGAAUUACUGCAUCUGUCCAGGAAGCCCUUAGGACGUAUUCCCAUGGCAACUUUCACCCAUAUAGUGCACAGUUUAAAAAGUCUGAUUGGUCCGUCUAAUAAUGACACUGACGACCUCCUGGCUCUAACCAAUCCGGAGGUGAGGGCAGCCUUUGAGGACUUUCUCCUCCCAACAAAAAGUGACAGAACCAGAGCUCACCUCGUACUGGCAGCUCAUCUGUGGGCAUUAGCCGACCAGCAGGGCACUGAUACCUUCCUUCACUGUGAGGCCAACUCUGUCAUGCAUCUGCCUUCCUGCCUGUUCUCCUCUGAACCAACCUGUUUGGUUCUGAGUUCAGAUGGAGAGCUGAUGGUGGUUGGCACUGGACAGGGAAUGUUGCAUUUCAUCAACACACAGACCGGACAAGAACUGAAAUCGCUGGUGAGCAGCUGUGACGGCAUCUCAAGCUGUAUCUUCCUGAAGGAUGGACGUCUUGCUACCACCUCCUUUGAUGGACGAAUAGAGAUCUGGGACAUCGAGAAUCUAUGCAGGACUGCUCUUAUUGAAGCCCACACUAAUGUGAUAACAGCAAGUGACAUCAGUGUGGACAGGAAGCACAUUGCCACUGUGUCUCUGGACUUCAUGCUGAAAGUGUGGUCCUCUGCUAAAGGUCAUGAGGUAGCGGCCCUGCCCAGCACCAGCCCUUUGAACUGUGUUGCCUUUGACCCCGAGGAUCACCUGCUGGCUGCUGGUUGUUGGAAUGGGAAUGUGAUUGUGUGGAACUGGCUCCAGAAUAAAACUGUAAUGUCCCUGUCUGGUCACCAGCGGUCAGUGCGCAGUCUCUCCUUCUCUUCCUCCUCCUCCAUGCUCUGCUCUGGCUCUAUGUCUGGCGAGGUCAGGGUGUGGUCAGUGCCCACCUCCACCUGCGUGGGAUGUUUCCAGGCUCACUCCGGGGCCACAGAGGCCCUCACCUUCCUGGAUGAAGGAAGCAUGCUGCUGAGUGCUGGCUCCGACCACACGCUCCAGCUCUGGUCAGGAGGACUUGGACGUUCGGUCAUUGCAUUAAAAAGUGAUGAAUACGAUCUGGCGCCUCCUGUGAAGAAACGGAAGUCUGUGAUGUCUGAGCCUGCUGCUCUGUGUGUGGCUGUUAAUGGAGACUAUGCUGCUGUUGGAUACCAUGGCGAUGGCAUCAAACUCUUCAGUCUUGAUUCAGCUGAGAAGAUUUGGGCCUCCAAGGACCGUGACGUGUCUGUACUGUGCCUGCUGUGGGUCGUUCUGAACGCAGAGCAGACUGAACCCGAGCUGCUGGUGUCUGCAGGAAGUGACAAACUUCUGCGGGUCUGGAAGGGUAAAGACGGAGAGGAGGGGAUGCAGGGAGGCCUAAAAACGGUGGGAAUGUUUGGUGUGCAAGGAGUCAUCCUGGCAUUAGCGCAAAACUCUACAUACCUGGCCACAGCUUCAGAUGACUUCACCAUUGUCCUGUGGUUGUUGAGUGAGCUGGCCAUGAGUGACCCCUUGCUUGAGCCUCAUGCAAUUUUGAGGGGCCACGGUGGGGGAGUCACCUGUCUGGCUUUCAGCCCUGAUGGUGGACAGCUGCUGUCCGGUGGAAAAGAUAAGGCCAUGAUGGUGUGGGAUGUGAGUGUUUCUCCUGCUGUUCUCUCCAAGUCGCUCCCUCACUCUCACAGAGACUGGAUCACCGGCUGUGUUUGGACUCCAGACUGUGUGAUUAGUUCUUCAAAUGAUGGGAGGCUGUGUUUAUGGGAUCUGCAGGCGGGCCAACAACUCAAAGAAAUCUCCUGGAGGAGUCCUCUUACAUCCAUCUGCUGUCUGGGACAGUAUGUGAUCGCCGGCUGUGCAGAGGGAGCGCUACAUGUUUGGACCUGGGAAACAAACACAGAAAUCUGCCACAUUGCUGCACACAAGCAGCGUAUCCACCACUGCUAUCUCCUACCAAAUACAGACGUAAACAAAGAAGUCAACGCAGCAGAAAUGACUGUUUUCACCGCGUCUGAUGAUGGCACAGUGCAGCUCUGGAAACCACUACAGGUGGAGCACUUCAGCACCUUCCAGGGUCACAGCGGGGCGAUACACGGAGUCGUGCGCAAAGAAGGACUCCCAGAAUUCCUCACUGUUUCUGAAGACUGCUCAUUGCGGUGCUGGACAUGGACAACAAAGUGUCCUCCCACACUGAGAGGCUCAGUCUCCGCUCUGUGCUUCUCUCCGAGAGAUGAUUUGGUUCUUUCUGGUUAUGAGUCCGGCUUGCUGGAAAUAUGGCAGCACAACACUGUGGUUGGUCACAAGCAGACUUCAGACAGCGCCAUCACAGCGAUCUGCUCCAUGCCCGAUAACCAGUUUGCUGUCAGCUACAUGAAACCUGUUGUUGAUGUGUGGAAGCUGGUGUGGAAUCAACAACACAGCACCGCAAGCCUGGUGAAAGUAAACACUUACAAAGUGACAGAGACAGUGGUCCGCCUCAACUACUGCACAGUGCUCAUCGGUGUGUCAAAAAAUGAAACAAUAUUUGGCGUCACAGCCAGUGAGGACGACAGGUGGUCGCAAACGACCAAUAGUUGGCACGAAAGUGUCCGUAUUUUGGGGUUGAUCCACAACGACGAGAAAAGCAUUUGGCUGGUGGGCGAAUCCAAGGGAGAAGUUCACAUUGGCUUCUUUUUUGCCAUGGGUCCCAAAAGUAAAUUCCAUUCGGCUUUCAGCUCGAUGGAACUAGAGGUCGAGGAUGAGGAGGAGAAGAAGGGGAGCAUGAUAUCAGCUAUAACCAUGAACAUAGAUUUUGUGGUGUGCGGAGACGUGAAGGGCAACAUGUGGUUCAUCCAGCCUCCUAAGACUUCCACGUGGAGAAACAGAAAACCUGCCCACAGUGACAGGAUCAGUGUGCUGAGACUCACUGAGCGCACCAUCAUCUCCGCCUCCUAUGACAGGACAGUGAAGCUGUGGGACAGAAACACCAAGAAGCAGGUGGGGAUGUUUGUAUGCGGAGGACCUGUUGUGCAUUUGGAGGUGAACCCUGAAAAGCCCACUGAAUUGGUUUGUGGUGACCGACAGGGAAAGAUCUACUUCCUCUCCUGGAAAGAAUAAUCCACAAAAUAUUACACGUCAGAAUUUAAGAAGAAAAAAACCUAUAUCACUGUAAUGUUUCAGUGACGGUGAAUCAGCAAGAAAUGUAUUAAAAAAAGGUGAAAUAUAUUUACACCACACACAGUGAUAAGUAUGUAUGUAAUCACUGUAAUGCAACGUUUACAUGUGCCUUUAAUUUAGAUGGCAAAAAACCUGCAAAUGUAACAAACAAGUAGGUAAAAAUAAGCUAAAUAUUAUCAGUUAUAGUUUUGUAUGAGCUGAGUUAUUUCUUUUAUUUGGAAAUAGGAAUGUGGGAUAUGAUACACUUGAAGUUAAAUAUGAAUGUAAGAACCACGAAUGAUUCAUAAGAUGUUCAUAAGGGCACUUUGUUGUUUGGUUUAAUUAAUCUUUGAAUGAUUUUCCCAAUAAAUAUUGUACUUUCUUCACUUUUUA